UUUAUCUAGAAAUAACUUACAUUUUCCAGAAUUCUCAAUGAAAAUUAUUUGACUAGAUUACAUAAGAAUUCAUUUGAAUGCCUACUAUCCCUCCAGGAUUUGUAAGUCAGUUAGUUAAUCAUAUUUAUGAGUUUUUAGUCAUAUCGGUAAAAUGAAUCAGGGGUUCAAAUUAGAUAAUCUCUAAGAUUUCUUCCAGCAUUAAAUUCUGCAAUUCUGUAAGUUUGUAUAGGGUCCCUGCCCAUCUCUAGCAUUAACUACCUCCUAUGCAUUUUCAAUUAUUAAAUUAUAUAGACAAAAUACAGACAGAAAACAAUUUCAAUGGUAAUAUGAUCUGAGCAGUGAUUGACACCUAUAUGAACCUUGUUUUAUAAGCGUUCACAUACCAUCUUCUUAUAUUCAGUCCACAACCAGUAGAUCAAAUCUAAUCUGUGGCCUAUUUUUAAAUAGCCCAUUAAGUUAAGAAUGGCAUUUACAUUUUUGAAGGACUGUGAUGGAAAAAUAAAAGAAACAAAGAGAAAUAUUCAACAGAGACCAUAUGUGGCCUACAAAGCCUAAAAUAUUUACUAUCUGACCUUCCCUAAAAAAGAUUUGAAAAGGUUGAUGGGAACUCCUUGGCUUCAGAGUAGCCUGUCUUUGCAAGGAAAUGUUGAAGAAUUUAGUCCAACACUAAUGCUACAGAAAAGGACCCAAGGUCCAUAGUAAGUGGAAUGUAAUACACAAGUUCUCCAGUCAUUUCCCAACUCUGUUUUUAACAUCUCAUCCAACAGUUUCCUCUGAAUCCAAUUAAAUGUGUGUGUCAUGCUUUUAUUCUUAUGCUUUACUUUUUCUUGUUUUCCUUGGACAUGUUUUUCUUCUACUUCUUAUAACUUCUUGAGUUGAAUGCUGAGUUCAUUUAUUUUGUUUUGUUUAUUGGUAGAAGUUUCUCCCAGACUUCCUUGGUGACUAAUGAUGCUGGGAUAUUGUGGCGUUCACAGACAGGGGACAGGUUCCGUUUCACAGGUGGUUGACUCGAUGCUGACUAUAACUGGCUCCUUUGGCUGCAAGUGACAGAAACCCAACUCAAACUUGUUUUGUGAGUACAGACAUUUAUCAAACCUCAGAAUUGAAGGAAGGGGAAGGGUGGGUUUGGGUCCCAGAAAGGGUGGACCCUGGGACUGGAAUCCUGUCCAGACUCCACUCUCUCCCUCUUCACAGAGGCUUAGCACCUCAGAUGGGGCUGUGUCCUCUGGCCCUGCACACAAGGGCUUCCUGUGAUAAGCUGAGCCCCUCCACUAGCUUCCACUUAGAAAUACAAUGCCUGGCCCACAAGCAUUCCUAUGCUUAUGGGGGGUGAUGGGGGCAGGGCCUAAGACUGGCAGUCCCCACUAAAACCCCAUGAGGGAAGGAGUUCCCCCAAAGGUGGUGCUGUUCCCAGAAAGGAAGGGAACAGCCAGCACUCUCCACCCUGUCCCACCCAGACAUUUUUCUCACAGAUGUCACCUGUCAUCCCAGUCCCAGCUGCUAUUUCUGCCUGACUCUUGGCCAAUUUGCAAAGGUUAAAGCCAGUGUAUUUCCAAGAGAUGGAUGAUGUCACAGAACUGAGGUUCCAGAAGGCUGUGGUGGCCCAGCACUCCUUCCUUCUUUAGAACAUGAAAAGCUGUUAGUUGGGUAGGGCUGAAGCGUAGGUGGUGAGGAAGAGGAGGUUCCUACUGCAGACAGUCUUGUUCUACCAUCCUCCCAGAAAUCCCCGGGCCAGCCAGAACCCAGGGUCAGAGAGGGAUGGGAGAAGGGUAAGCUGUGGAAGGGGUAGGAACAUACCUUCUGGAACCACUGUCCUCCUUACUGAAAGGGGGUUAAUGGGCAGGGAUGGAGCUUCCUGCUUCCUGAAGCUCAGUGACAUCUAUCUCUGAGGGACCCUCUGGAGUCAGUGUGGGCCUGGGAAUCAGCCAUAUUUCCUAGAGUCCCAGUUCCCCUUCUGUGUGGAAUGUGAACCAAGAUCUGGGCAUUAGUUCAUUUAAUCAUCACAACAACCCUAUUAGAUUCCCCAGGCUCUCAGAGAAGAUCAACAGAAAGUCUGCGAGGCCCUAAGAACCGUCAGCCUUCAGCUGCAUCUCCUCCCCUCCGAGGAUGACAAAGUUGUUACUCAUCUACUUGGUCAGCAGCUUCCUUGCCCUAAAUCAGGCCGGCCUCAUCAGUCGCUGUGACUUGGCCCAGGUGCUGCAGCAGGAGGACCUGGACGGGUUUGAGGGCUACUCCCUGAGUCACUGGCUGUGCCUGGCUUUUGUGGAAAGCAAGUUCAACAUAUCAAAGAUAAAUGAAAAUGCAGAUGGAAGCUUUGACUAUGGCCUCUUCCAGAUCAACAGCCACUACUGGUGCAAUGAUCACAAGAGUCACUCAGAAAACCUUUGCCACGUGGAGUGUCAAGAUCUGCUGAAUCCCAACCUUCUCGCAGGCAUCCAUUGUGCAAAAAGGAUUGUAUCUGGAGCAGGGGGGAUGAACAACUGGGCAAAAUGGAGGUUGUACUGUUCAGGCCGGCCCCUCUCCUACUGGAUGACAGGAUGCCACCUGGGAUGAAACAGCGUGGGGGUGCACCAUGGAGUCAUUCCAAGACUUCUGUCCUCACUCAGGGAUUCUUCAUUUCUUCUUCCUAUUGCCUCAACUUCAUGUUAUUUUAUUCCCUUCCCAUUUACAAGUAAAACUGACCAGAGCCCCAAGAAUAAAUGGUUUUGUUGGCUUCCUCCUUGCUCCCAUCUGGACCCAGUCUCCUGGUACCUGUCUGUCAUUUGCAAACUAAGAACCACAAUAAAGAAAUUUCUCUAUUUUUUGAAAUAUUAAAGCACUCACUCUGCAAA